UAUAGCUUUUUUCGCAGAUUGUGAAAGGCCAGAAAAAAAGAAGACAAACACAUCACAUAACCUCAAAAUUGUUCAAAUUUUCAAAACAAAUAUUUAAAAUCAUGAUAAAAUCUCAGAUAUAAAAUAAGGAGCUUUAUGAGGAAAGUACAUAGCCGUAAGGGUGAGGGUUUGUUUAAGAUUUGCUUCUUUAUGGAUUAAAUACCUAUAUUCUUAAAUUAAAAUAAUAACUAUAUUUUAGAAAUGGCAGAAAAACAAAAAAUAUUAGUUUGUGGAGACGUCGAAGGAAAAUUUGAUCAACUUUUUAAGAGAGUGGAAACUAUCAACAAAAAAUCAGGACCUUUUGAUUGCCUUCUAUGUGUUGGAAAUUUUUUUGGAAUCAAUAAUAGAGAAUUUAUUUCCUACAAACUUGGUGAUAAAAAAGUUCCAGUACCAACUUAUAUAUUAGGAUCAAAUAAUGAAGAAAAUGUCAAAGAAUAUCCAACAGAUGAAUCACAUUUUGAACUAUGUUCUAAUGUUUACUACCUAGGUAAACGGGGAAUAUACACAGACAGUAAAGGAUUGAAAAUUGCCUAUAUAAGUGGAAUAUCAGGUGUAAAUUCUAAAGGACCAUGGACCUACUCUGAAAAAGAUGUGACAGAGCUUUGUGAUUCAUGUAUAAAAGGAAAUUCGUCUUUUAGAGGUGUUGAUAUUUUAUUAACAUCCCAAUGGCCUUCAAAUAUAAUUAGUGGAGAUUCAAAAAUAUCCCUCUCAAUAAAUAUGAUGAGUGAUUUACCAAGUUAUUUAUGUAUGAAACUUAAACCUCGCUAUGUAAUAAGUGGCCUUGAAGGGGUUUAUUAUGAAAGGCCCCCCUUUCGAUGUCCAAAUCUAGGAGAUCAUGAUACUACAAUGGAAGUAGCUACAAGAUUUAUAGGUUUAGCACGAGUGGGGAAUCCAAAUAAAGACAAGUGGAUAUACGCCUUAAGUUUGAUGUCUUUAGAGAAAAUGAAAUUGAAUGAGUUGUUGCAGAAAACUACUGAUGAGACGUUGUGUCCAUUUAACAUAUCUGAAUUAGAACAAAAGAUUUUCAAAAGCUCAAAGAAAACUUCAAAACCAAAUCAAUAUUUCUACGAUAUGAAUACUUCUGUGGAUGAUGACAAAAAGAAGAAAAGGGGUAAAAAACCAAGAAUUGAAUUUGACCAGAAUAAAUGUUGGUUCUGUCUUGCCAGUCCAUCUGUAGAGAAACAUCUUAUCAUCGCAGUUGGAAAUCACGCUUAUUUAGCUUUAGCUAAAGGUGGCCUAGUUGAAGAACAUUUUCUCAUUUGCCCUAUAGAACACCACCAAAGCAUCCUUGCUUUAAAUAAUGAAGUUCUAGCUGAAAUAAAUCAAUUCAAAGAUAGUAUUAGAAAGUUUUAUGAAAGGGAUGGGAAAUUACCUGUGUUUUUUGAACGAAAUUAUAAAACUUCUCACAUGCAAUUACAAGUCAUACCUAUUUCCAAAUAUGCCAACAAAGAAUUAAAAGAAAUAUUUAUUGAAGAAUCAGAAGCUCAAGGAUUUAAACUAGAGACAUUAGACUCUCACAAUCGGCUUGACCAAGUUUUACCUCCAAAAGUACCCUAUUUUACAGUGGAACUUCCAGACGGAUUAUUGAUUUACACCAAAUUGCAAGGAUCUGUCGAUUUUCCCUUGAAUUUCGCUAGGGAAGUUCUUGCUUCUGGGCCAAUAUUGAAUAUGAAGGAGAGAGAGGAUUGGAAAAAUUGUAUCUUGGACAAAGAAGAUGAGAAAAAAUUAGUACAGAAACUCAGAACUGAUUAUGAACCAUUUGAUUUUACCAGUUUAGAUUAGGAAUUAGUUAUUUA